AUGGGGUGGCAUGAGGCAGUGGGGUGGCAUGAGGCAGUGGGGUGGCAUGAGGCAGUGGGGUGGCAUGAGGCAGUGGGGUGGCAUGAGGCAGUGGGGUGGCAUGAGGCAGUGGGGUGGCAUGAGGCAGUGGGGUGGCAUGAGGCAGUGGGGUGGCAUGAGGCAGUGGGGUGGCAUGAGGCAGUGGGGUGGCAUGAGGCAGUGGGGUGGCAUGAGGCAGUGGGGUGGCAUGAGGCAGUGGGGUGGCAUGAGGCAGUGGGGUGGCAUGAGGCAGUGGGGUGGCAUGAGGCAGUGGGGUGGCAUGAGGCAGUGGGGUGGCAUGAGGCAGUGGGGUGGCAUGAGGCAGUGGGGUGGCAUGAGGCAGUGGGGUGGCAUGAGGCAGUGGGGUGGCAUGAGGCAGUGGGGUGGCAUGAGGCAGUGGGGUGGCAUGAGGCAGUGGGGUGGCAUGAGGCAGUGGGGUGGCAUGAGGCAGUGGGGUGGCAUGAGGCAGUGGGGUGGCAUGAGGCAGUGGGGUGGCAUGAGGCAGUGGGGUGGCAUGAGGCAGUGGGGUGGCAUGAGGCAGUGGGGUGGCAUGAGGCAGUGGGGUGGCAUGAGGCAGUGGGGUGGCAUGAGGCAGUGGGGUGGCAUGAGGCAGUGGGGUGGCAUGAGGCAGUGGGGUGGCAUGAGGCAGUGGGGUGGCAUGAGGCAGUGGGGUGGCAUGAGGCAGUGGGGUGGCAUGAGGCAGUGGGGUGGCAUGAGGCAGUGGGGUGGCAUGAGGCAGUGGGGUGGCAUGAGGCAGUGGGGUGGCAUGAGGCAGUGGGGUGGCAUGAGGCAGUGGGGUGGCAUGAGGCAGUGGGGUGGGACUGGCCGAGCAGAGGUGGGAGCAGAGGUGGGAGCAGAGGUGGGGAGCAGAGGUGGGGAGCAGAGGUGGAAGUACCGUGGGAGGCGGGCAGGAAGAGGCGCAGGCAGGUGCUGUCCGCUGCUGCUGUGACGUCCCACAGGCGGCAUGAGCCAUCCUCCGAUGCCCUGAUGGGCGCCGUGGGCAUUGAUGGGGAGGAUGUGCGGCGGUUAGUGAGAGUGUGA